AUGGUCGACAUUGGAACACAUCACCUCUUCAUAUCUAUCAGCGGGCCCCCGCGUUCUGACCGGGAUCCCAUUGCCAUCAUACUUGCCGGCGCCGGGGAUGUCACUUCGUCGUACGUCGCGGUCGAGAGGCUGGUAGCAUCGUUCUGCCGCAUUGCCAUCUAUGACCGGUCUGGGCUCGGGCACAGCGAAGAUGGGCCACAGAGACACACGGCUACCAUUGCUGCCACUGAAUUACAUGCACUACUGAAGAAUGCACAAAUCGAACCGCCCCUUGUAUUAGUUGGUCACUCGUACGGCGGAAUCGUGGCGCGCGAGUACUUCCACCUAUACCCUGGUGACGUUGCAGGCAUGGUUCUCCCAGACGCUGCUACGGAAAGAAUGAGCGAAUAUUUCAGGGUACCCGACCCAAACAUCAACGCAGUGAUGGGCACUCUUAAAUAUUCGCAGAUUACAGGGCUACGUGAUGACUCGAAGCUAUCACGAGAAGAAUGGAGGACACGAGCAGCAGACAUAUCUAGGGGUGUGAUAGCCACUCAAGCCGAAGCAGCGGCGUUUAUAGAAGUUUGUGAGACCCUGGGGGAAAAGGAUCAGUAUAAAAUCUGUGCGAUGGGUGACAGACCGUUAAGCGUUAUUCGCUGUAAUAGCGCAAGGGACUAUCAGCGUAUCUACGAGAAGGGUGUCGAAGCAGGAAAUGGGACUGAAGAACAGCAGUGCGCGUUUCGUCAGCUGUUGGACCGAUGGGACGAUAUCGACCGCUCGUUAAAAGAAGAUCAACUCCAGUUGUCGUCCAAUAGUCGCCUGGUUCACGUCCCUGAUGGCGGACAUCAUGUUCAUUUGAUCAGACCAGAUAUUGUUGCAGAAGAGAUUCAAUGGGUCAGGGACAUGAUUUUGUCGGGACCCUAG